AUGAUUCUUGACAAGAAGCCACUGCUGUUGAAGGCCUUCGCGUUGAAGGCACUUCUGUUGAAGCCUGAGCUUUUGAUCCAGCCAGAUCUGUUGUUCCGGUCGGGCCUGCUCUUCAAGCCGGGCCUUCUUCCCGGAAUGGGAGACUUGGAGUUGAAGAAGCUUCUCCUGGCUGCAGUUCUGGCGCCCAAGGUGAUUGCAGGACUGAAGCCCAUGUUCGGUGCCUCUCUGUGGAACAUCCCGCUGUUGCUGAUCGAGAAACUGGUGACACUGGACCCUGGCCAACUUCUGAUGCUCCUAUCAAGUUUGUCCGGUGGAGGCCUGGACGGCUUGUUGGGGGCGAUGGGCACUGAUGAACUGAAGGCUCAAGGCGCCGAGGCGGCCUCUUGGGAGUCCGUGAACUCUGAGGGAGAGCCCGACAUCACAGCUGCGGGUGCGGAGGAGGAUGCGAGGUCACUGAUUAUCAGGUUUGCGCGAGAGGUCGGCAGGCAAGAAGGCGCUGAAGAAGAGUACGCCAGUCGGGCAGCUGAGUUUGUUGACCAGUUUCUGAGCCCUACUGGACUGACGCAAGAAGUGGCACGAAUGAUGAUGACGGCACGACAGGCAGUGGGAAACGACAUCGAAGGCAUUGAAGGCAAUCGCGCCGCGACUGACAGUGACUUCUUAGACGGCGACAUGGGAGGCCUUCUGAGCCUUCUCGGUGACCUGGAGGCACUGAUUGAGUCGAAAAUUGCUUGCGUCGCGCUUGGCAAAGCAUUCUUCAAGUACGUUUUAGUGCCGCUUCAGCUUGCAGGUCCCGUAGCGAGCAUGAUUCUUGACAAGAAGCCACUGCUGUUGAAGGCCUUCGCGUUGAAGGCACUUCUGUUGAAGCCUGAGCUUUUGAUCCAGCCAGAUCUGUUGUUCCGGUCGGGCCUGCUCUUCAAGCCGGGCCUUCUUCCCGGAAUGGGAGACUUGGAGUUGAAGAAGCUUGUACUUGACGCAGUUCUGGUUUGCAUAUUGGUGGAUGGUGUGACGAUGGUUGGGAACUCAGGGGGGAUGAGUCAGUUCGUCAGGCGUGUUCCCGGGCUAACUGUGUUUGAGUUGCUGGCCCUGUUGGCGUCUGACCGAAGAGCCUUGGGUGCUAUUGUCUCCCUAUGCGCGAACUCUGUCGGAAUACAGGGUUCGGGUCCUCAACAGCUACUGGGUACUUAUGAGGAGAGGCUACAUGCUCUCAAGUCCGCUGCAAAGAACGCUGGGCAGCAUCUGAGUGAGGAGGAAGCUGAGGCUCGCUUUCAGAUCGUGCGCUUCGCUGGUGAGGUCGGCAGUUUUAGAGGAGCACCCGAGGAGUACGUCAGGAUUGCAUCAGCCUUUGUCGACCGAUUCCUUGCCCCGGCUGGUCUCCUCAAUGAGGUGGCUCAGCUAAUCCGCCAAGCGAGGAAGGAGACUCCAGAGAGUGAUGCGGUGGCAUCAAACAAAACAUCAUUCGACCAAAAACUCUUCGUCGGAGGAACGAUAGUCUCCUGAUAAAUAUGUCGCAGAAAGAGGCGCGCCCUGCUUCAAAAACCCUUGUGGCACGCUGACGACAACCUUCAAGUCUUGUUCGGUCUACUAAGCAAAGCGCUUGGCGGGGUCACCACAGUGGAUCGCAGGAUAGUCCGGCAUCUGCUGCUGUUUACAGUAGUAACGAUUCCGUCGUUGCGACCUGAAGCGUCCAGGCCCAACAACGGUCUCGUUGAAGUGUUUGCCGGCGAGCCCCUUGAAGCAACAACAGCUUUCAGAGGUUAUUCAACCAGGGGCGUGUGUCAAUUUUGUGGGUGUAAAGACUGCCAUCGAUUCUACAUGUCUGUUAUGUUUGUUCGUUGUGGAGGUGCCACGACAUACACAAUGACUACAGAUGAACAGGAGAAUCCAGCUGUUUGCAUUGCUUGUUGGUCGAUCUGUCGUGAGGGCUUUCUCAAUAUCGAGGGAUCUCUAGUUAGCGCAUGUGUAUCCGUCCGCAGCAGGCAGUCUUCUACGCAUCGCGAGACGUUUGUUUGAAACAUCACUCUAGGUAAAAAUGGUAUAGUUGGAACUGGUUGGAUUCCUAACCUUAUCCGUAGUUUUUCCACCACAGUGGGGUGGAUCGGUCGCAACAACUGUAGGAUGUCAACUCGCUGUACUGU